AUGAAGAGUGGUGACCUUUGGAUGAUAUAUUCGGGGGGACAAGAGACACAACGUGGUGUAGCGUUGCUACUUAACAAGCAGUCCAGCCAAGCGGUAGUGGAGGUUGAUUGCAUCAGUGACAGGUUGAUGGGUGUGCGGCUGUGUGGAACACCAGUAGAUCUAGUGGUGAUGGUUGUAUACAUGCCAACCAGCAAUCAUACAGAUGUGGAGGUGGAGGAAUUGUAUGACAAAAUUGAGGGAAAAUUAUCUACAUGUAGAGGUAAAGAUUACGUAGUGGUACUUGAUAUGAACGCAACUGUUGGAGAAGAAAAGAUCUUGAACGUGGUCGGAAAUAAUGGACUGGGGACAAGAAAUAUCAAGGGUGAGAUGCUAGUAGACUUUUGUGUGAGAAACAAGCUGUCGAUAACAAACACAUUGUUCAAGAACAACAACAGAAGAAGAUACACUUGGAAAGCUCAAGGAGACAUAAGGAGAUUGCAGUGGUUUACAUCAUCGUCAGACAAAGGUGCAGAUGCCUCAGAUCACAAUCUGGUGAUUAUGAAAGUCGGUCUCAAGCUGAAAAAGGUAGCCAAAGCAAAAUUAAUCUUAAAAUGGGACAGAGAACAACUAAAGACGGAAAAAGCAGAGGAGUAUGUGAAUGCAACCAACAAUGAACUGGCGAAAAACACCGAAAAAGCAAUCACAGCAAACAAUAGAUGGGGAAGAUUGCGGAACGCAAUGAUGAAAAGAGCAGAAAACACCAUUGGUAAUGUUAAAACGAAAAGAAUAAAGAAGCCUUGGGUGAAUGAAGAAAUGCUGGUAAAGAUGGAUGAGCGGAGAAAGUGGAAAAAUGCCAACACCGAAGUGGGCAGGGGAAAAUAUCGGAAAUUGAACAACGAACUGAGAAGAACAACGGACAGGGCAAGAGAACAGUGGUGGGAAGAAGAGCGUGGAGAAAUAGAAAGACUGGAUGGCAUGGGAAGAUCCGAUCGAGUAUACCAGAGAGUAAAGAAAUUGACAUCCGACAAGAGAAGUAACAAUGCUCAAAGAGGAAUAAAAAGUAAAGAUGGAGAAUUACUAACGGACCCGCACGACAUCAAUAAGAGGUGGAAGGAAUAUAUAGAAAUGCUGUACAACAAGGAUGGAAGACCAACAGAAUUGUUCGUAGAAGAAGAAUCAGAAGUUGAUAAGUACGAAAUCGGACCAGACCUCAUGUGA